ACGCAGCGGCUACACGGAGCAUGCGCGCUGAUGACGGCGUCAUUCAAGAUGGCGACGUUCCGGAAGACUCGAUGCAGGGAUUCAGCUAUGGGAAUAUUCGCAGUUUUAAUGUCACUGCAGAUCUUUUCUGUGAGCUGCGCUUCUCUGUCACCAGCAGCUGUUGUGCAACAGGACGCUGUUAAGGAAAUAACUUCAAACAUCACAGUAGAUCAUCAUAAGGAAGUGUCGAAUACCCAGAACGUCAGUAAUGGGAGCAAAUUGGGCAAGGUUAUGAAUGUGACGGCAGCUCCCGCUAUUGUGGCCGACAGCAGCACCAAAGCAGCAGUCACUCCCACCGCUCCACCUACGACCACUGCCGCAGACCAGCACAAAACCGCUCCAAAACAGACAACACCUGCCAAACUUAGAGCACCAGAGACUACCGCUGCACCUGCAGACACGCCAGCCGCCGUCUCCACCCCUGCAGGAGGCAAAGCAGAGAGCACCGUAGAUUACAUGGGUGAAAGCACGUCUCUAGGACUGGCUCCAGAAUUGAAAGGCAACAUAGAUAAUGAGGAUGAUGAUGAUGAUGAUGAUGGUGAUAUUGAUGAUUACAUGGGUGACAUUGAAACACCUCAACACACCCAGGGUAUGGGGAAAGACAACACUCCCCCUGAGAGCGCUGAAAAAAUACAUGUUCAAAUCAAGGACACAACCAUCUAUACAACCCAGGAUGAAGAUUCCCACUUCUUCUUUCAUCUGGUUGUCAUCGCCUUUCUAGUUGCCAUUGUGUACAUCACCUACCACAACAAGAGAAAGCUGAUGCUGCUGGCUCAGAGUCGCCGCUGGCGGGACGGCUUCUGCUCACGCGGGGUGGAGUAUCACCGCCUCGACCAGAACGUCAACGAGGCCAUGCCUUCGCUCAAGAUGACCGACGAUUACAUCUUUUGACCAACUGAAGAAGAGGAAAUGCAAACGGUUGAUUUUGUCUACACAUGGUGUCUUAUUUAAUCAAGGGGAGGAGGGAUUGUGCUUUCACAGUCGUUUGUUUAUUUCGUGUGCAUUCUUCAGAUGGGCUUUUCUGCUUGUGUUUUCUUUGGUGUCUGACAGCAGAUGUUUUGAAUGCUGCUGAUGUGUGUAAAGUUUUCAGACUGUUCUUCAGCAGAACGUAAUUUUUACAUGUCUGCUGGAUCAUUGUUAAAAAAAAAAAAAAAUGAAGGUAUGUCCCUAUAGAUGUUUGAUUAUAAACUUGCUUUCUGUUACAUAGGCCAAGCACAAAAUACAUUAAUUUGCUUCCAUUACAGUGGUUUGUUGACCUCUGUGCUGUGAAGAUGUGUGUUAGAGCUGCACAAUUAAUUGUUAAAAGAUCACAAUCUUGAUUCAAACACUCACACAAUCUUAUUCCUAAAUGACAGCGAUUCAUCGCUCUAUUAAACCUUUGACAAGCGAACAAUCAGAUCUGCGUUGGCAGAGAGAGAGCAGUUGUCACGCAUAGCUAUGAAACGGCUUUUUAACCACACAGUAUCAUUAAUUCUGUGGAACAAACAUUCAAAUUAUUACAGAAGUACUGGGAUACAAGUUCGUAGUUCGGAUAUAAACACUGAUGUCUACGGUAGCGAUCAAAACAGAGUAAAUAACUUUUGGAAGUAACUGAUGCUUCAAAUUGUAUCAUCAAGAUUGUAUCAUUACAUCGUUACACCACUAGGUGGUGACAAGUGACUGUUAAAAAAUGUAUUUGUCAUUGAAUUAGUCAUUCAAGAGAUUUGUUCAAAAACACUGCUUCAUCACGUCUAUGAGUGAGUCAUUGAAUCAUUCAAGACCUUUGUUCAAGAAUGCUGAUUCACCCAGUAAUGAAA